GACGAGAUGGCGAAGAUUCUGGAGCACUCGGAAAAUUUAUGUUCAUCUUUGAAGAGAAAACGAGGAAAAAUGCAACGUCCACUGAGUUCUGCUUCAGAAAGCAAGGAAACUGAACUCCUUUCUCUUCAUGAAAUGUUUUGUGUGGUGUCCAGCCAGUUAACAGAAGAUGAUUUUGAAGUCCUUAAACACUUGUACAUCGGGAGCACGAUCAGUGAUGAUCGCGGAAGGAUCAAGACCCCUUCCGAUCUGUUCUUCGCUAUGGAGAAAUCAGGACUGUGCGACUCUUCAAACUUUCAAGAGAUUUUGAAUGUCCUCAGACUGAUUACAAGGCAUGAUUUGAUCCCAUUCGUGACAAGGAGGAAGAGAAAAAGAGGUGUUGCUGAUCCUGUAGACGACUAUCUUGAUCUGUGUACAUCAUCGUCCGGCCCCCCUCCUCAUCCAUCAGAAUCGACCUCGGGACGACAUCCAUCAUCUUCCUCAUCAUCUUCCGCCUUGUUGUCCUCAUCACUACCACCACCAUCCAUGUCUGAGCCGAUGGAGUCGUCAUCAUCAUCAUCAUCAUCAUGCAACUGCAGUCCGUCAAAACAUACUGUAAACCCUUCUACCCACCCCGAAUGUUCGGACUCGCGUCCCCAAGCUUGUAGUGUUCACUCGAGGGCCAUCGCCACGACAACCAGAUGUCAGAAGACGGUUGGGAUUUCACCUGAAGCCAGAGGUUUACCAAGGGAGAGACCUAAGCAUACAUGUGACAUUAGACUACGGGUACGUGCUGAAUACUGCUGUCAUGACAACGCUCUCGUAGGCCACCUACACUCCAUUGUACGGCAUCCAUUGAGGCGGCAUCUGGACCUGUUCUCACAAGCCAGUGCCAUAUUGAAAGGUCGCGACCUUGGAUCCAUCGUAUGUGACAUCAAGUUUUCAGAGUUGACGUAUCUUGACGCUUUCUGGCGAGACUACAUCAACGGAUCGCUUCAGGCUGCUCUGAAAGAUGUCUUCAUAACGGAUUCUUUGAGGACGGCUGUAGGAGAUGAAGCCAUCAAACUCUUGGUCAAUGUAGAUGAAGACGACUAUAGAGCUGGAAGAAGUAAACUUCUCUUGAACUUAAUAAAUUAAUGCCCAACAGAUGGGGCCCUGAUAUGAUGAUGAUUAUUUGAACUUCUUAUCUGAUUCAAAUUUUUAAGGUAAGGGGUAUGUACAUUACAGUAGAAUGUAUAGUCGACCUGUAAAGUUAGAUAAUCGACCUAGUCAAAGAAUUUUUGUUCAGAUCAGAAUAUGCAAAGCAUCUUAACCCGUUUAACACUGAAUGCUGUUUUCCCAUAGGUCCCCUUUGUAUACAGUCCACUAGCAAUAAGAAUAGGUUAAGUCAAACAGAUUUCUGUGAUCUGAAGAUAUUUGACUUGAAGAAUUUUUUCAUAUUUAUAAUGCUGUUUGUAAAGUUAUACAUGACUCAAUAUUAAUUUUAAAGGAAACCAAACCCCAAUUUUAGAGAAUCAUUCUAAUCUAAGAAGAAAGAGUAAAAUGAGAGGACCAAUUUAAAACAAGUUUCAUCAAAAUCUGUUGUAAAAUAAGAGAGUCAUGGAAGUUUGAAAAGUCUUGCACUUUUUAUGGUAAUCCACAAAUUUGAUGAAACUUGUUUAAAAUCACUCCACACAUCUUACCCUUUCCAAUAAGGUUAAAUUCUUGCCCUGGUUUUGCUUUACUUAAAUGAAAGAUUUGUUGAUAAUGUUGCUGCAUGUACUGCAGAUUAGAACUGUAUCAAGUUGUAUUCAUACAUAUGAAAGAAAGAUUAUAUAUUCUGUUCAUUUUUAUUUUCACAAUUGAAAAGUAAAUUCCUAAUAAUCGUGAUUCUGUGUAACCAAUUUUAUUUAUUUUAUAUUUACAGUCCUCAAAGGAAUUUUUUUCUCUUCUAGACUUGAAAAUACAUGGGUAAUUUCUGAUAUACAGUGUAUGAAGAAGGCACAAAAAAGGCCGUUUCGUGAAAUCGCGGAAAAUCACUGUGUCCCUACCUAAUAGCAGGUAUUAUUGACAACGAGAGAAAGGUUAUCGAUAUCGCUGAGUGGCAAAAAAACAAGCGAUUAUCGACAAGACUAUCGAUAAAGAUGUUAUCGAUAACAGCCCUACGUAAAAUGCUUUCAAUCAAUUCAAUUCACUAACAUUUAUUUCCAAAGGCUCGCAUUAUUUAAGACAUUAAUAAGAGUUACAAUAUACAGUGGUGUGAGAGUUCAGAUUUUCAUCUGAUUUCAGAUUUGUUUUGUUUUGAUUUUCAGCUUAAUUUCAGCUAAUUUUUGGCCUUCCUCUGUACAAAAAGUAUGGGAGCUCUUUCUAUGUCAGACUUUUUCAACACUCUUCAGCUUUUUUCAGAUCUUUUUAUUUGUGACCACUCACACCCCUGAAUAUAGGAUGUUUCUAAAAAAAAAAGGUAACCAAAGUUUAAAAUUAAAGGUCAACUUUAUCAAGAAUACAUGAUUUAUUCUUGUGAUUUUUAUUCUGCAUUAUAACUGAGUCAUUCAUCAACUUUAAUUCGGUACUGUAAAUGACUUAUUUUAUGACAAGAUUGUAUAUUAUCAGUUAUUGUUGUAUUACUAUUAAACACUCACUAUCUGAUUAUUUUUGUACAUUGACUGUGAAAACAAAUGUAAACUGGAGCCAUAUUGUCUGUGAAAGCAAAUGUACAUGUAAACUGAAGGUUUAUUAAAUAAAACACCCUACUGUGGGGGAAAAAGAAAUUGGAAAAAAAAACACUUUAAUUUGACACCUUGCGUCACAAUUGUCCUGGGUCACAGAGUUACUUUUAUGGCCCUUCGAAAGUCAAGGGUACAAAACCUACUUUUUCAAAGUUUUUGCUUUUAACGUACAUGCAAGAAAUCCACUUUGUUGUAAGGUGUUGGUUUCAUUGAGAGUUUUUUCUUGCAUAUUUCAGUGAAAUGCUAUCCCUUCUGCUACUAUUUUGCGAUUGCAUGUUACGUAACUGGUGUCUAGCUGCAAUUUUGAUUUAGCACAUCCUUAUGUGACUUUGCAAGCACAGGUUUGUGCUUGUGAAUACUCCCCAGGGAGUGGAGGAUGUGCACACAUUUUGUGCGGGAAUGACUGAUGAUUCCGAUGACCGGGGUAAUGAUAUUUCUGUAAAGCGCUUACACGUUGCUCCGAUGUAUUAAGCGCUAUAUAAAAGCAGAUUAUUAUAUUAUUAUUAUUUUGGUAUGAGAUACCUGAUACAUGUUCUUCGUCACAAUCACGCAAUGGUUAAAAGAGCAACGCAAGACAUACAUCGUUGACAGGGGAGGUACUUCGAAAACGUUGAAAGUGUCGGUGUAAAAGGUAGGGAUGAAUAAUGUGUUCAACAGAAAUUUAAGCCAGGCAGUUGAUAUGUACGCAAGUCACUCACAAACAGUUAACGGAGCGGAUAGCAUUUUACUGAAAUUUGAAGGGAAAAACUGAUGAAACCAAAAUCUAACAACAAAGUUAGUUUCGUGCAGGUACAUGAAAACCCCAAGCUUGGAAAAAGUCUGUUUUGUUCCAUUCUUCUUCGAUGGACCAUUACUCUGUGACCCGUGGCAAUUGUGAUGCAAGCAAGGUGUCAAAAUUAAAGUUGAUGAGGUACUCAGUUAUGUAGAAUAGAAAUGACAAGAAUAAAUCAUGUAUUCUUGAUAUAGCUGACCUUUGAACUUUAGUUACCUGUUUUUAGAAACACCCUGUAUAAUCAAGGCGACAGCUCGUUCUCCCUAUUCAAUCCUUUAACUGUGUUCUGUGAUUCCCAAUCGGCUUUAUACAUGGACAAAGCAGUUUCAGUUGGCAGUGGGUUAACUGACCAGGGGCCCGUUGCAGAAAGAGUUGCAAAUCAUGCGCAGCUUGAUUUUCAACCAAUCAACAGCACGCAUUUGGGACUUGCGAUUGAUUUUUUGACUUGCGUUUAAAUGCAACUUUCUGCAACGGACCCCUAUUCAGUCUAUUACAGUAGUAUUAGCUGGGUAAGGGUUUGGCCUAUGGUGAUCUGCACCUAUCUAUGGAGAACAUGAACAAAUUGUAUAACUGGAGACUCCUCUGGUGGGAAGUCUCAGGAAGUGGCGGAUCCAGGUUGGGGAACAUCUGGCCCUUGCCCCACCCCCCUCCCCUUUUGAAACCCAUAAAAACUAAUUUGAGUGAAAAAUGUGCAUACGCAAAUGGUGACCUUUUUUUGGGGGGGGGCGGGGAUGGCUUGCCAAAUUUGUUUGUGACACAAAUAACCAUCAUUUUUAUUAGUCAGAAUUUUUCUGAACUGAAAUGUCCCCCCUCCCCCCUUUGGAAAAUCCUGGAUUCACCCUGGUCUGAGGCAGGACUUACUCUGGAUGUGACUACAGCUUCAUUCUUUACUAUUUUUUUUGUUGUCAACAUACAUGCAAUUGCAUAUAUGUGACCAGUCACCCCAAAAAUCAACAGUAAGUCGCCCAAAAUGAAUAUUGAGAUUUACAUUGAGCAUGGAAAACCACUUCCUAAGAUAAAGAUGACAUGAAAUUUGAUCAACAAUAGUUUGGGGUUCACUCAAGUAUGAGAUGUGCACACGUGCACACUCUGCAAUCUUGGUGUAACUUCCAAGUAGUAAACUCAAUGGUGUCAAAGAAACUCUUGUAUCUUUUAUUUCAUACAACUUUAAAACUUCAAAUUUUCACAGUAUGAAGAAGAAGAAUUGCUCUUUCAGAUAAGUAAGUUUUCUAAAUUUUGCUUUUUGGAGACCAAAUUACUAUUUUGGCUAUUUACAGAGAACCUUCCAUGGCGACUUAUUGUUGGUUUUGGGGUGGCCGGUCACAUAUACACAUUUUUGAUAUAGAUAGAGGUAAACUUGCUUAGGUCAUCCUUUCAUAUUAAAGUUGAAGCAGUUUAUUUCAAACCAGAUUAUGCAAAACGUAUUAUUUGCCUCCUACUUAACUUUCAUGUUGAUUUCGGUAGUUCCAGAAGAUUAGACUUAAGGAAGGUUACCUGUAUCAUUUAUUAAGGUUAAAAGGAUACUCCAGGCUAAACGUAAAUUGGCCCAUAUUCCGAACUCUGGUUUGUCUUAGACCAUGGUUUAACUCUGCGCUAAAAUUAUGGGAAGCCAAACUUGUCAAAAUUUGUUCACAUGGUAUGUUUCUUAUGUUUUCUGUGCUCUACUGUUAGAGAUUUAUUAUUGGCUAUCCAUAGUUAAACCACAAUUUCAAACCAGAGUUUAAAUUAAAUACGACUUCAAAAUAUUGGCCAUUAUAUCUAGGGUAAAAUUCACUUAACAACAUGCUUUUAAUUCUGAAUAAAUAACAUUAAAAUUGAGCAAUAUUUUGUAAAACCAGUUAUAUUCAUGCCAUCAUGAAUAUGCAAUAAAUGAUCCGAUGAUGUCAUGUCCCCACUUUCCUUUUUCUUUUAAAUUACAUGAAACCAUAAUUUUUUCAUAUUUUCAAACAAGAUGAUAUGUCUCCCUUUAAUAAAUAAGUUGCAGCAAUAAUUAUUUGUCUAACACUUUAAGUCAAGUGUCAAUCCAAUAUAUUAUUUCAUUAUUGGAGGAAAAAUUGAAGGAGAUAAUUAUUAUCUCAUAUAAUUAAAUACAGAAGAAUAAGUGGGGAUAUGACAUCAGCUUGCUCAUUGCAUAUUCAUGAAGACAUGCAGAGAACUCUUUUACCGACAUAAUGUAAAAUUUUAAAUUGUUGCUUUGUUAUUCCUUGUUCGGUUUUUAUGAAUUUUUCUUUUUUUUUGUUAAGUUGGAUUUUACCUAAUCUGUUAAGCCUGGAGUACCCCUUUAAGGUGAAUUGUAUAAUAACUUGAUGCUAAUGAAGAGAAAAUGAGAUGCAAAUGAACUUAUUACAAACAGACUGAAAGUUUUUUUUUCCAAGGUUCUUGUAAAGUAAUACAAAUACAUUUAUCUCCACCCAAUUGGCAACCUUCAAAUGUUGAAAGAUGACAUUUUGUUGACCUAUUGGAUAAUCUAUGGAAUUAUAAAUGUUUUUGUUGUCUUGGAAUGUACAAUAAAGAUAUAUGGAUUUAAACUGA